UCACGUGAUCUAGAAUCCGGAAAACAACCACUGUUUUGUACUCUGUACACAACAUUCCACGCGAUUUGCUACUGUCCGUUUGAACCGGACUGUCUAUUUUUUUUAUUAGAAAAUGGCAAUGUCAGCGCUCGUCCACGUUCUCAUACCCUUCCUGCUUUGCAUUGCGCUUGCAAACACUCACAUUUUCGACAAAGUUUUGGUGGAUGUCACGUAUGAUCACUAUGCGGAAAAGAAAGUCGACAGCCUUCCUGCUUUCUUGUCCAUGCCGUUUAACUGUCUGAUAAACUUGGGAUACAUAUUAUUAGGUAUCUACUGGAUCUUUCAACCGAUGUCAGACAAUAGAGACACCUGUGCAGCCGUCUACACCAAAGACGUGUUCGCGCUCAUGGCAGUGGCCUAUGGACCGGUGCAGUGGGUCCGCUUGGCCACAUUGCGGCGCGCGCCCUCUGUUUUGGACCAGUGGUUCACUUUACCUAUUUUUGCGUGGGUGCUGGUGUGGUGUCGUGUCGUUGACAAAGGCUGGUCGUCCCGUUACGCCUUGAUCGUGGAAUCGUGCUCUGUCCUCAGCUAUGGACUGGCGCUCUUUCACGACCGGGGGUUUGAAGUAGCCCUGGCUGGUCACAUCGCCUUCGCCGUGUUCAAAGGCGCCCGAGCGCAGGUGAAGCUCGGAGACACUGCGUCCAUGCGCUACCUCUGCUUGGCCCUGCUGUCCUGCGCUGGUUUCGUGGCUCUCAAGCUUCUGGAUCAUUCUCUUGCACAGUACUGGGUGUUUCAAAAUCUAACUGGACAUUUCUGGUCCAAAGUUUGCGACAUUCUCCAGUUUCAUUACAGCUUUUGUUUUCUCACUCGCCUUAGUGAAAAUACACACAAGCGCUCUUCAUAAAUGCACAUACAUUUAUUCAGUUGAAUAAGGCAAUGAACAUAACAUGUACGAAGAUAAAAUUAUGUCACUGACAUGUUCUCAUUCUAACAAUUAAUGUGACCAAAGAUUUGAAAAAUCUAAAAUUAAUUUGAUGCUCUUCUCUGUUCAGCUUUAUGUUCAUAACAGUGUCAUAACUUUGUAAUUAAUAGAUUUUUAAGGAAAAAUGCCGAAUACGUGAAAUACUUGGAUUUCAUCUCUUAGAAUACAGUAUUAUCAAAUCAAUAUAGGCCUACUGUGUGUGUGUAUGCAAACUCACUAUUUCAGGCAUUUAAUUGUGUGU